UCAGUUCUUAUUAGUUCACCUUUCGAACAGCAACAAAAAAGUUACUAUCAAACAAUUUCUUUAAACUCUUUUGAGAACCGGGUUGUGUAUGAGAGUUUGUAAUGUACAUAAACCGGCCAAGGGCAGAGUGUCCUAGCGAAGGAAAAGAUAACAGUAGCUUUUAUACUUUCAAAAUUGCACAAUUUUCAUGAAAUUAAGAAUGCAAUUGCGUUGUCCAACGUAACCAAAGAAAAGGCAUAUUAAGAAAAGAGAGAGGAGGUGAAUGAUAGGAAGUUGGCAGCACAAACGAUCAACCGACCGGGUGGUGUGAAAGGGAGUGGCGAGUAAACUCUGCUACAUUUAAGACGAUUUUGGCAGUCCGAAGAAAAUUUCUAUAUAGAAGCUGAAUGAGAAUUCUGGGCGUGCUGUGGACCCUCCUUAAAAUGCUCUACCAACUGCUAUGGUGUUCGGCGCGCUUACUCUCAGUGCUUUUUAAUGUUUUCUGGUUCGCCUGCAAUCUUGCAUCGGCGUGUAUACCAUGGUUGACAUUGGUGCUACUCGUGGCUUGUGUGGCUUCCAAAUUCGCCAAGCUACGCAGUCCGGAUGAGAAGCGUUUGCUUAGUUUGCUGGGUGGUUGCGCGCCGGAGGAGCUAACAUAUUGGCCAAUUGCAAAUCGUGGUGCUGGCUAUGAUGCGCCUGAAAACUCCAGAGCUGCAAUAAAAAAGUGCGCGGCACGCGGCUAUCGCAAUGUGCUACUGGAAGCCGGAUUAACGGCGUGUGGUGAGGUAGUUAUUGUAAAUCGGGCAACGCUGGAACGUGCCGGUUUAAUGGGUGGCAUUGCCCGCUACACCCUGGAGGAAUUGCGCAAAUUGAAUAUAACCGAGCUGCAUCCAUUAGGCUCACAAUUUGAGGCUGAGCGCAUACUCACACUUACAGAGUUAAUACAACUCUUGGAGGAACAACAACGAAUAACUGUCUUCUUGCACAUUUUGGACAAUAGCGUACGAAUGCUGGAACAGUUAAAGGCUAUAAUAAAAGCUAAUUCACAAUUUUCCUCACGCACAAUACUCAUCAGCCGCUCGCCAUAUGCCAUCUAUCAGUUACGCAAAUUACAUCCAGAAUUGAUUUGCGGCCUUUGGACAGAAAAAUCGCUUUCAUUGGCAAUUCUGAAGGCCUCAACACUGAUCACAUCGAUUUACGGCGCAUUCUUUCGCAAUAUUAUUGCACCAGUGAUUGGAAUUAGCGUUGUCUUUGUCAGCAAAGAAGAAUUCAACCUUCACAUCGCUGAACUUUGGCGCAAUGUGGGCGUCCGUCCAUUGGUAUAUAAUGUAAAUUCGCCCAAUGAAAAACGAUAUUUUCAAAAAACAAUGAAAACUCAAUAUUUAACCGAUUCGUUACGCUCCGAACCACACCUGCUAAUGAAGGCUUAGUUCAAAAAAAUAGUUUUUACACGUACAUUGCACGGAUACCUAUAUUUUUCAUUAAAUAUAUUUUUUCCUGCAGGCAUAGUACACUGCAUUUAAAAAAUGCGCAAAUACCAACAUGCUUUUUUUAUAAAUUACUUUGCUGGUGGCACAAAUUCUGCAUAAACUCAAAUUAACACUUAGCAUUUAGGCACAUGCAGGUGCUUUCGUAUAAAAUAAUUUAAAUCGAGUUUUAAUUUUUUUAAUGAGGUUUACAAAAUCGAUGGCGAUUUUUGUGUUGGUUGUAAGUCUCGAUCUUUUAACUUUGCUCUUUUUCUGUAUUCGUACAUGAAAUCAUAAUUUAAGAAGCUGUUCCAAAGUAAUACAUAUAUAUAUGUAUAAAUCAAAAAGUAAUUUAACCAUAACAUAUAAAAUACACAUUUAAAUGAAAAGAGUUCAAACAACAACAGGCCGAAGGGUCGCAUGUAAUCAAUUGCUGCGCUUUAUUUACCCCUCAUGUUUUAAUUUACGUGUUUAAUUUCGCCAAUCAUUUGAAAGCUCUAAAAAGUUAGAAAUUGACAAUUUGAGAAAUUGUAAAAUGGCUAUUCUACUUUUAUUGUAUUUUAUUUUGAAAAUUUCCAUACCAAUCAAGGCGCAUUAGCAGUAGAACAAAAACACCAAGUGAAUGCUUUUUUGCUUUUGCUUUUGGUCUCAGAAAUGCCAAAAUCUAUAAACCAAGAGUAUUUUAAACAAAAUUUGACAAUUUAGAGACUAAAUAAAUAGAAAAAAAUCAAUUCAGCUGUUUUGCAGCUGCUACCUGUUUAAUGCGCAUUGAUACCAAUCGGUAUUUUGACAUGGCAUUGCUUAUGUAACAACGACUCAAGGCGCAUUCAUUAGAGAUGAUUGUCGAAGCAAAGUAUUGGCAAAACCGUUUUUUAGUAAAGUACUUUUAGUACCUACCACCUUUAAUAUAUGCGAUUUGCAACGCUCAUAUGUGAAAGUAGAUAUCGUAACGGAAAUAAAAAAAUUGCGUGUUAUACAACUAAAAAAUAACGAUGAUAAGUUGAAAAACCAACAGGUCGCUUCAACAGCUUAAAAUUUUCCUUAAGUAUUUUACAGGGUUGGUAUAAUUCAUAGGCGCCUGCCGUUGUUAAUGAGUUGCAGCCAUUUGUAUGUAUUUAUGUAUAUACAAGAAUUUAUGGCAAUUUUGUUUAAAAAAAAAGUUUUAUUAACAGUAUAUCAAUUAGCAGUUGCCCUCUUAAAAAUUUACAGCUAUUCUACUAUUUAUCAAAUGCUUCUUAUACGUUUCUGUUAAAGGUUUUAAUCUAUUACAUAUGUACAUUUGUAUAAGUAUAUAUUUUGUAUUAUCUUUUACCAAAUGUUUAUUUGUAUAUUUUUUUGUUGAAUCAUUUAAAUUAGCUAAGUAUUUUUAUUUAAUAAUUUUUAAAUUUAAUAUUUAUUUAAAUUUUUUAUUAUAGUAUUGCGUCUUUUGCGCUUUUUUUGCCACCAAAUCUUUUUCAGUGAUGUUGUUGCACAACUAUAAAAAAAACAAUAACGAAAGUGUCACAAUAAAAAGUGUUGCAUAUAUUUUUUUCAUUUGUGUCUGACUAGUUAUACCAAAACUUUGUAUGUAGAUAAGUCUAUACGUACUUACGUAUGAUAGUAAUUAAUUAACUAUGUAUGUAUGUAUACGUCAAGAUGCUAUUAAAUAAUAAAAGAAAAACUUUUAUUGACCAGUGUCAAAAAAUUAA